AUGCAUCUAAUUUUUCUCUUAUUAAUUGGUGUAUCUGGUGAGAGGCAACGGAGGUACUUAGAAGAUGACGAUGUACCAAUUAUAGAAGUCUUUGACCUGACUCAUCCGACUACCUGGCAGGAUAUGGAAGAGUUUUAUUCAGCGAUCGCUAAGGGCUGGAAAAUUUGCAUCAACUGCGGUAUUCCUGGUCUUGGGACAGGACUACACCUAGAGCAUUCCACUAAACUUGGUUCUAUGCAGCCUGCUACCAUACCUACAGAAUAUUUGCUUACGAGGUUGGCUAUAAUAGAUGUAAGCCAUAUGACAAAGCAAAUAUCUUCGUCCCUUAUACUGUCACUAGAUGUCGCCUUACAGUGGAUGGUUUUAAAACAUGAUCCGCGAGAACCAACCUUAUUGCUAUUUAAUUUUGGUUGGAAAUCGAAAAGCACGAAACGCCAGUGUAUUUGCAAAAUACCAGGACUCAGUUACGAGCUAGCAGAGUACAUAGCGAGAAAUCUAACUCGUGUUGUGGGCGUGGCAACGGAUGCUCCAAGCCUAGAAUCGGAGGAAACACGAGAGAUGGCGCUACGUACCGUGUCCAAUGUGUUGGGAAAAAAUGGAGUUUAUAUUAUCGAGAACGUAAAUAUCAAAAGAAAGUUGCCAGAAAGAGGUUGUAUGGCUCUGGCCAUGCCGCUAAAGAUGCGAGAAGUUAGCUACGUACCGGCUCGUCUCACUGUGUUUUGUCCGAAACAGAAAACAGACCGGUUCGUGACGAUAGCUCUGAAGAAACCGGGCCAAACCAAGGAGCUGAUUAAGGUGGACGGAGAUGUUGAUUUGUAUGAGAUUUUAAAUAAAUAA